CUCGGAGCCGGUGUCAGCCCGUGAACCACUGCCCGGCCGGGAUCCCCGGAGAGUGAUCCACCGCAAAACCACCAGGGUUCAAUAUCAGCGCUUAACCUAAGCCUACAGACUUCAGUACUACGAUGUUGGUAAAGUCAAAAGAGACGAGCAAAUUACGGUAUUGAAUACGGUUACAUUAUUCACUCGUGUAACGGCCGCAUGUACCAUAAUAAAGUAAUUUCCCAGUCAUGCAUUUCUGGGUAAGAGGCGUUUGGGUCACCGCACAGUGUUAGUCUAAUGCCCAGGUGAGGGGCUACCGUUGAUGCCUGGCGAAACGUGGACAAGAUUUCUGUACGCGACACCGUUUGAAUAUCGUCAGUGUUGCACUGUUGCUUUUCCAGCUGAGACUGGACGUUGGUCGCAUGACUUGAUGAUCCAUCCCAAUUCCGUUCCUCCAUCUUCCUUUCUUCUCUCAACAACACAGCUUCUUCUUAUUACCACGAUCUUCUCUCUCGGUAACCCGUAUCGCGAGGCCUGCGACAAACGAACAGAGUGUUCCCCUGAAAACGCCAAGAUCGAACUGUGCGUCGUGAGAGUGGGAAACCUGUCGUCAUUUUUAUAGGGAAGAACCCGCCCUUGAGACAAAGGACGCGCCCACAUUCAAUCCGCCGCCGUCAUUCCUCAGCGCUUGCGCACGGCAGAUCAAUUCUCACUCCUGUUUCUCUUCCUUUUUCUCCCUUGUAUCACCACCGUCAAGGGAUUAAAAUCGCAUCGUGUCCCUCUUCCCCCCCGCCGUAUCUCUCUGCAUCUCUUAUCGCUUUACCUCAAUCUUUUUUCGAUAUGACGUGGGAACUCAACCAGAGGCGGUUCAUCCGCUCCAUCAAUUCCAAGUACAUCUACGGUCGCAUCGUAAGUCGAAGCUCACUCACCCACGCCCUGUUUUUUCCAACUCUAUGAUCCGUCGCCACUUUAGCUUCCCCAGUAUUUUUCCCAACUACUGUCCAGCUCUAUCGUCAUCGCUACAGGCUCUUUUUUUCGCUUGUUCAUGAUAUCACUUUGCGCACUUCUUUACUUUUGCUUUUCUUCUUUCAUCACAUUUUUUUAAUCUCGGUGUCCUUCCUUCUUUGUGCUGUUAGGCCUUUUUUGUGCGAUUCGACGCUGACGACAUCAUCACCAGCCUCUUCUGCAUACCAUCGUUUUCUUAAUCGAAAUGGCAUUCAUCGCAAGACUUACAGCUCGAUUCAACUCGUACUAUGACGAGCGACCAUGUACGCUACCUUGAACCCCUCUUGCUCGAUGCGAUAUAACUGACACCUCGCAGUAAUGACCAUGAUGGUCACUAACGCCAUCCUCGGAGGUGUCGCCGACACAGUCGCCCAAUCCAUCACCGCGAUUCGUGAACGAGCUAUCCGUCAGCCAGGCGGUCUUAAGAAGAACGACGGCAUCGCUAUUGAGAUCCACGAGCUUGACCGCAAGAACCCCUUCUACGAGCGCGACCUGAUCCCCGACUCGGUCGGCCUUCCUCCACCUUUCGACUUUGAGCGUCUCACGCGCUUCAUGGCAUACGGUUUCUGCAUGGCUCCUGUGCAAUUCAAGUGGUUCCGCUUCCUCGAGCGAGUCUUCCCCGUCACCAAGACCAGCGCUUUCGUCCCCGCCAUGAAGCGCGUUGCUUUCGAUCAGCUUAUCUUUGCGCCAUUCGGUUUGGCUGUGUUUUACACGACCAUGACUAUUGCUGAGGGUGGUCGCCGUCGCGCCGUUUCGAACAAGCUUCGGGACAUGUACAUUCCAACUCUCAAGGCUAACUAUGUUGUUUGGCCUGCUGUGCAAAUUGUCAACUUCCGCUUGAUGCCUGUUCAGUUCCAACUGCCUUUCGUGUCAACAAUUGGUAUUGCCUGGACAGCAUACCUGUCCUUGACAAACUCAGCGUCUGACUAAGCCCAUUAUAUCAUGUCUGGUGAACGUUUCAAUCGGCCUCGAGCUAAUUGUUGAUCGAUGAUGAAUAUUAAAUUGCGUCGACUGUUACUGUUUCAGCCGUCACAUAGAAAUGGCGUUUGGGAUUUUUUACAUAUACUGCACGAUUUGGCAUGCUCCGGGACCUGCAAUUGAGAGUUUGAGACUCUGGCCCUUUUGCGGCAAUGCCUCGCACGGCAUUUUUCUUAUGGGUUGGGAUGGGAUACGGACCAUGUUUAGAAUAAUAGCGUGAGUCUCGUUUGGCGUUUCGGUAGAUUUUUAAAAUAACAAGACGAAGCGAUCUUUUUUGUCUCAAACACUUUUACACCAUGUUCAACUUUGUGUUUAGCAAAUCUAGAUGCGAUGUACUUCCCUGUCGGAAAACGGUUUGAUCGUAGAUGAAAGUGAGGUGUCCGGAUAAUAAUCACGAUAUGACAUCAAGUAAUUCUUUUGUAUUGUAGGGCUGACGGGUCGGAAUUGAUCUCGGCCGUUAAAGUGGCUGCGCGCAGGUUAAAUGGAGAUUACAAGGGCA